AUGAGUCAGAAUAAUAUUAGUAGUGAACUUCGCUUCGAUGGUAGAUUUAAUCAAAAUAAUUCCGGAAUUUCAAUGAUAAAUGAUAGUUUAAUUCGUAUUGAAAUAACUCAUUUCAUACAAAAAGUGAAUUUUUGGAUAGCCAUUGCACAAAUUCUUAUGGUUAUAUGUGGAAUAUUAGGUAAUGGUCUUGCACUUAUUGUUAUAAAUCGUCGCUCAUUACGUGACACAUCAUCAAGUGUAUUUAUAACAUAUUUAGCAAUAUUUGAUACAUCGGUUCUUGUUGUUCAUAUAAUAAAUUUAGCAACGCAAUAUUGGAUUCAUUCAUAUAUAUUACAUUGUUUUCUUGCUUAUUUAACUGAUCUUGUCACAUUUUGUAGUGUGUGGGUUAUGGUUAUAAUGACAUUAGAACGUUGUGUUGCGGUGCAUUCACCAUUUUUAGCCAAACGUUUUUGUACAAUAGAACGUGCACGUUAUUCAAUAUAUGCUCUUAUAGUUGCUGCAUUUAUUUUAUUCUCAUCAACAUUCCCAAACAUAUAUACAAUAGAUAAAGUUCAACAAAAAUGUAUUGUUCGUCAUCAAUAUCAAAAAAUAAUACGCAUUGUAAAACCAACAAUAUUUUAUUUUGUACCCGAUUUACUUUUAUUAGCAAAUAUAUUUAUUAUUUAUGAAUUAUUUAUUGCUACACGACAACGUACAAAAACAUUAAUGAAUCCUGAAAAUGCUGUUCAUCAAUUAAAUGCUGUUUCAUUUAAUAGAAAACAACGACAAUUAACAAUAAUGCUUGUUACAGUUUCACUAAGUUUUUAUAUAUUUACAACACCAGCUAUUAUUGAUUAUAUUCAUCAAAUGAAUCCACCUACACAUCAUAAUUUAAAACGACUUAAAUUACGUUUUUUAUGGACGAAUUUGUCUGUUCUUUGGCUUCAAAUGAGUUCAGCAACGAAUUUUUUAUUUUAUUGUGUAUCUGGUUCAAAAUUUCGUGCAGCUUGUUUUGAGACAAUUGGUGAUAUUUGUGACUUUCUACGAAUUAAAUCAGUUGGCAAGGAUGAUCAUGUACGAAGUCGAUUACGACGUCGACAAAAUAAAAAUGAUAUUCGUUUGAAACCAUAUUUUCAUCCAGAUGGUCGUAAUGGACUUCUAAAUAAUCAAAAUCGACGUCCAUCAACUUCUAUAACACAAACAUAUGCAUAUCCCUUAAGUAAUUCCUCAAAACGAGCUAGUAGUGAAACCAUUAUUAGUACACAAUUGAACAGUAGACCGUCAUCGAAAGUUGCAUUAAAUGUAGAUGAAGUUUAG